AUGAGCGACGGCUUCAAAAUACUCGCUUUUCUCUGCCUCAUUUACGCCUUGAACUGGAGACCUAUUGAUUCGGUGAUCUUUAAGCUAACAAAUGCCGUGUGCAGUAGUUACAACAAAUCCUGGAUCAGUAUAAAUUAUUGUCGCCUGAAGGCGGUCAGUCGCAACAAGGCUGUGUUCAAUUUAAAUAUCACCUUUCUGCAACCAACCAACGAUAUUGUGCUUCAUUAUCGAUUGUUUAAACGGGAAAAUGGCUAUAAACCUUGGCUUGUUAACCUUAAAAUGAAUGGCUGUCGAUUUAUGCGAAGACCAUACGAUGCCCUGGGAAUAGUCCUUUUCAAUACUUACAAGAACUUUUCAAACAUCAAUCAUACCUGCCCGUAUUAUGGUCAUGUCUUUAUAAAGGAUAUGUACUUGUCAACUGAUAUUGUGAGACUUCCUUUGUUCACUGGGGAUUAUUUAUUGGCAAUUGAUUGGAUUUUUUAUGGAAGGCUACAAUUUGGCACAAAUGUUAGUUAUCAAUUUGUGGAGGAUUUAAUAUAA